UUCUCUUCUUCCCAGCUUACUUCUCUUGUCAACUUUAUCAUAAUUCAUACUAAAAUAUAACUUUGGCUUUUAGGGGUACAAUUCCAGGCUCUAUUCCCAUUCAAAAUUUCCAAUUUAACCAGAGUUUUUGAAUGGUUAGGUUCCAAUUUUGGAAGUUCUAAUUAGUUUUUUUUUUUUGGUUGAAUUAACAAGCUAAGUGCAGAGUUGAAUCUGUUUUGGUUUCUGGGUAUUGGUUGUAAUCUAAGUUCUUGUUCAAUCUAACUUUAUUUUGGGAUAAAAUUUUUUGAGGGGGUGGGUAGGGGUGUACUAGUUUCACUGGAGAAGAACACAUUUCAAAGACAAUGAUUCUGCCAUUCACCGGGUGCAUUCUGUGGAAAUUGUACUCGGUUCUUGACAAAAAAUCUAGUGUUGAUAAAAGCUUUUACUUUUGGAUUUUCCAGAUUUUUAAUAGAUACAGCCUUGGCACUUAGCAGCAAAGUUCUUAACUUUCUUGACUCUGCUUCUGUUCUGCUCUAAUUCUGUUUUCUGUUCUGUUUCCCUUCUUUUUUUGCCAAUCUGUUCUUUCAUUUCCUUAAAAUUUCUAAACUAUCGUACAAGAGAAGAGUUAAGCAAAUUAGGGACUGAGAAAAUGGGAGGGGCAUCGCUGCCACCAGGUUUUCGGUUCCAUCCGACUGAUGAGGAAUUGGUAGGAUAUUACCUGACAAGAAAAACUGAAGGACUUGAAAUUGAGCUUGAAGUGAUUCCUGUGAUCGAUUUGUACAAGUUUGAUCCUUGGGAGUUGCCAGAGAAGUCGUUCCUUCCAAAGCGAGAUUUGGAAUGGUUCUUUUUCUGUCCCAGGGAUCGAAAGUACCCUAAUGGCUCGAGAACAAACCGAGCCACCAAGGCUGGCUAUUGGAAAGCUACAGGAAAAGACAGGAAAGUAGUGUGUCAAUCUGCUGUGACUGGCUACCGUAAGACCCUAGUUUUCUACCGGGGACGUGCGCCUUUAGGAGAUCGAACUGAUUGGGUUAUGCAUGAGUAUCGGCUCUCUGAUGAGCCUUCUCAAGGAUCAACUAAUCAGGGUGCUUUUGCCUUGUGCCGUGUUGUGAAAAGGAACGAACAGAAGGCGAGUGAUGAGCAUGGAGAACCAAAAGCCAAGAGGGCUGGAAGCAGUUCAACCAAUGUGGAACUUCCCUCAACAAGGAUCUGCAACGAGCCUUUGAGUACUUCCGGUGACAUUUCGUGUCAAACAAGUUACCCUAACAACGAGAGUCGUUAUUCAAGUCCUAUUACUUCUCCUUAUCCUUACGAAGUCACACAAGUGCAACCACCUGUUUCUCUGGGUUCCGAUCCUGCCAGCUUUUGGGUCUCACCUGAUCUAAUUGUUGAUUCUUCAAAGGAUUAUCCACAAAUUUGUGAAACAGCUGCUCAAUACUUUCCACAGUAUGAGUUUCCAAGCUCACUGACCAUGUGGCAGCAAUAUGAACAGACUGAUUUCUCCCCUAGUUCAUCGUACUCAAAUUUUGGGGAACUUGAACAUGUAGAUGAUCUCAGUCGCUUUGGCUGCUUGUCACCUUACUCAGGCCAUGCUGAUUACAUGGACUUCUAUGGCAAUGAAGGCUAUGACCAGACUGGUUCAUUUAACUAUCUGAACCCUUUCUGAAAAAGGAAGGAAAGAUGAUGGUAGCUCUUCUUUUCUAAUGAAGGGCAUGAAACUUUGGGCCAAGCUCCAAUUUGCAGGCAAGGUAGUGGAGGUAGGAAUUUGGGGGAAUGUGAUGAUGGUCUUUGGUUGCAAGCAUAAAAAUUUGGUGAUUGUGAUGUAGGGGGUCCUUAUCCGUAUGACCGAUGUAUGACAGUACCUAGUUUGUCUUAUCUAGAAGAGGUCUCUAAGACAACGCCUUUUUAUGUUGGUUCUUGGAGUAAUAAAUAAGAAGCACAACCCCUUCACUGCUAUGAGGUUCCAUUAAGGUUGCUGUGUCUUAGUUAUGUUUGUAAGGAAGGCUGCAAUGGCUGCAGCUAAGUAUCUGUUUUAAUCAGUUUCUAGUUUAUGUUUUUUGAUACAAAAAUGAUCCCCUGAUGGUAAUCACUUUUAACAGUUGCACGUGGAGUUGGUUUAAUGGCAACUGAACUAUUUUUCCUACAUGGUUUUAUGAAAUAAAAUAAACUUAUGUAUAUUCUAAUUUCCAGGUGCUGAAAUUGCAUGUUUGCUGAUAACAUUUAUGGGAAUGCCUGCACUUAUGAAUCUUCUACAAAUGCUAAAUGAACACUUUAAACAAAAAAAUCAAGUGAAGGGCAAAUUAUUCGGCAUAUCGGUCAAUGUUUGAACUGGGAAGAUUUUACUUCUUUUUUCAACUUUAAUCAUCAAGCAGAGUUGUCAACUUCACUCUCUCGCUGUCAAAUCAUUUGUAGAGGUGUAAGUGAAUAAGCUUUGAAUGAAUUCUUUGUUGACAUAAGUAUAUCGGAUCAUUUAUAUUCAUUUAUU